AUGCAUAAGCAGAACAACGACUUAGAUGAUGCCCUAAGGUUGAGGGUGUUCAAGUACUCAUUAGCUGGGGACGCAAGAAAGUGGCUUCAAAACUUGCCACCAAAUUCCAUUCAUUCUUGGCCUGAACUUGUACGAGCAUUCUUAGCUAAAUGGUUCCCGCAAAGCAAGAAAUCUGAGCUUCGGGAUAAAAUUUUCUUCUUCAAGCAACUACCGGGAGAACAUCUACAUGAAGCAUGGGAUCGAUUCAAGUUAUACUUGGGGAGGUCACCCAAUCAUGGUUUUCCAGACUCUAUCUUGUUGGAUAAAUUCUACAUGGGUUUAGAUGCUAUGAACCAAUCUAUAGCCAAGAAUGUAGCUGAUGGAUCUUUUAUGGACAAGACAUUCGCAAGGAUCACACAAAUCCUUCACAAAAUAGCACAGCACAAUCAAGCUUGGCACUCAGAGGACACCACCGGGGGAAUUGCAUAUGGUUCUCCCUCCUUGACCAACAUGAUUAGGGAGAAUCAAGAGAGAGAUCAAGUAAUCGCAGGGCUUGCCACCAAUGUCAAUGUGUUGACAAAGAUGUUCACUGAAAGCCAAACGAAGAAGGUAAAUGUGGUGGAGGAUCUGCAACCCAUAUCAAAUGAAGACUUUGAGGAAGCAAACUAUGUCAACAACUCUCAAGGAGGGUAUCAAAGGCAACAAUACCAAGGUCAAGUACAACAAAAUCAAUGGAGGCCUAACCCGCAAGGGCAAGGCAACCAACAGUGGCGAAAUGAUCGAGGGUCCUCAAGUGAUUCUAAGUUGGAAAGCAUGCUUGAAUGGGUAUUGCAAAAUCAAGAGAGGUCUGACAUUUCUAUAAGGAAUAUGACCGAGCUUGUGGGUUCUCAUACCACGUCCAUUCAAAAAUUGGAGAUGCAAAUGAGAGACCUUUCUAGGGAACAAAAUCCAAAGCAAAAGGGAACACUUCCUAGUGACACAAUUGCGAACCCAAAGGGUAGUGGAAGUGGUCCAACUUCUCACAUCAUGGCAAUUACUACUCGGAGUGGGAAGGUACUACAAGGAGAGAGCGAACAAGUGGUUGAAGUAGAAGAGUCCGAACAAGAGGUUGAAGUUGAAGAGCCAAAGGUUGUUGAAAUUGAAAAGGUUCCGGAAGAGUUGAAAUUUCAAGAAAUGAAUCAGGAAGAGGUAAAGGAAAAGUUAUCGGUAAACAUUCAAUUCGUGGAAGCAUUUCAAGAGAUGUCGGGUUUUGCAAAAUAUUUGAAGGACUUGAUCUCAAAGAAGAGAACCACCAAGAAUAAAGUGGUAAAUGUGACUCAUCGGGUUAGUUCCAUCAUUAAAACAACCACCGUUCAAAAGAAAGAAGACUCGGGGCUUUCACCAUUCCAUGUACUAUUGGGGCACGUGAUUUUGCAAGAGCUCUUUGUGAUAAUGGGGCUAGCAUUAACUUAA